AUUCAGAAGAAGAAGACGACGAAGAAGACCGAGAGGCGCCUGACUGCAAAAAUUUGAAUUGGCCUCGAUUUGACUUUGAAGCGAUGUCUCAGGCCGCGAUGGCCGCCGACCUGCUGCCGGGCGAACAAGUGGAAAAGAUCCACCGGGACGGCGCUCAUCUCCCGAGCCUCCAGACGGCAGAGUUGUCGUCGUCGUCUCAUCCGGAGCACCAAAACGAGGACGGAGUGCCAAUUGGGCGAGGGUACCGCAGAGAUCUGCUGACCGACGACGGCGCGGAGCUGUGCUUCGAGGAGGUCCGAGCUCAAGUCUUCCGGAAGGGCCGACAGAAGCGGCUGGAUGAGAAAAGGCAGUGCCUGCGUGAAGAGAGGACGCAGUUGGAGCUGCAAGUGGCGCGCAUGAGUAGCCUGCUCAAGCGGCCCGCGCAUCAGAGCCCUUCCUUUGGCAUCUUGGAGGAUCUCGCUUCGCCGCCUCCUCAAUCUUGCAGGACGUUGGAGGCGGAGUUGCCGGCCACGGAAGACGCGCGUCUGGAAGGUGCCGCCUCUUUGCCCGAGCGGGCUCAGCCUUGCGGGAGCCCGACCCGAGACCAGGAUGUGCUCCCUCACGCCCGAGUCAGCUGCGGCCCCCCAGAUGAAGGCGCCGGGAGUGCCGACCUGCGCGGGCGGCUGCUGGAGCCAUGCGACAUCGCUUCCUGGGCCAACUUCCACCAGGAAACGCGGCCUCUGCCGGACAUCGGAGAACACGGCUCCCUGUGGCUCGGCGGCGAGCACUACCGGACGCGCUUCCGCCUGCUGCCGGAGAGCGACGUGUUGGCCUACGAGGGCUCGCAAGAUAACCACUCGGUCAUCAUCAAGGUGGACCGCCGCCCGCUGGCGUGGGAUUUUUACAUGUUCAGCCAUCUGAGCGGAAACUGCGCCGCCGCCGCCGAGCCGCCGCUGGCCCGGUGUCAUCAGUUCCAGGACGGUUGCGUGACGGUCUACGUGGCCCCGCCCUCGCACGUCUUCUCGGUGGACCUGGUGGGCGUGGCCCAGAUGCUCCACCUCCUGCUGACCAAAAGAAGGAUGGUACCCGUUCGAGACGCCAGAGGCUGGACGGCAGAAGGCUUCCGACACGCGACGCCCGGGGCUUGGACGGGCAGCUUGUGGUGCGAUGCCUUCCGCUCGCUGCUCAACGCCGACGCCGACUCGUGGGAGGCGGUGACGUCGGAGCUCUCGGAGAGGUUGGCCUCCUUCCUCAGAUAACCAAGCUUUCUUUUUCUACUCGGUCCUUCCUAUUAAAGGGAUGCUUUGUCAAUUUGA